UGCCGCGCUGACAGCUGGCGCAUGCGCCCUGCGCCUUAUUGUGCCCGGCCGGCCCAGCCCCAGCGCGCCUCAGUCGGCGAGAGGCCGUUGGCGCGCGUGGAGCUGCUGCCCCCUGCGGCCGGCGCCGCGCCACCUCCGCUUCCCCCCCGCCCUCCCGGCCCGCCAUGGAGUAAAGGCCCCCUCACCGGCCCGCCACGGGGGUCGGGGGGGGAAAACCCCGCUGCUGCUGCUGCUUCCACCGCCGCCUCCUCGAUGGCUUUGGUCACGGUACAACGUUCGCCUACCCCCAGCGCCACCUCCAGCCCUUGCGCCUCGGAGGCAGACAGUGGGGAAGAAGAAUGCCGGUCCCAGCCCAGAAGCAUCAGCGAAAGCUUCCUCACUGUGAAAGGUGCCGCUCUCUUCCUGCCGCGAGGAAAUGGGUCGUCUACUCCCAGGAUCAGUCACAGGCGCAACAAGCAUGCAGGGGAUCUCCAGCAGCACCUGCAGGCCAUGUUCAUACUGCUCCGCCCAGAAGACAACAUCAGGCUGGCUGUAAGACUGGAAAGUACCUACCAGAACCGCACUAGAUACAUGGUGGUAGUGUCCACCAACGGCAGACAAGACACCGAAGAGAGCAUUGUCCUAGGAAUGGAUUUCUCCUCCAAUGACAGUAGCACUUGUACGAUGGGCUUGGUGCUGCCUCUGUGGAGUGACACCUUGAUCCACCUGGAUGGGGACGGAGGGUUCAGCGUAUCGACAGAUAACAGGGUUCAUAUAUUCAAGCCAGUGUCCGUACAGGCGAUGUGGUCUGCUUUACAGAGUUUACAUAAGGCUUGUGAGGUGGCACGGAGCAACAAUUACUACCCAGGGAGCCUCUUCCUCACGUGGGUCAGUUACUAUGAGAGCCAUAUCAACUCCGACCAGUCGUCAGUCAAUGAGUGGAAUGCCAUGCAAGAUGUCCAGUCCCACCGGCCCGACUCGCCCGCCCUCUUCACAGAUGUCCCAACUGAGCGAGAACGUACGGAACGGCUAAUUAAGACCAAGUUAAGGGAGAUCAUGAUGCAGAAAGAUUUGGAGAACAUCACGUCAAAAGAGAUACGCACAGAGCUGGAGAUGCAGAUGGUGUGUAACCUGCGGGAGUUCAAAGAGUUCAUUGACAAUGAAAUGAUAGUGAUCCUUGGGCAGAUGGACAGCCCCACGCAGAUAUUUGAUCAUGUCUUUUUGGGCUCCGAAUGGAACGCCUCCAAUUUGGAAGACUUGCAGAACAGAGGGGUGCGGUAUAUUUUGAAUGUGACUCGAGAAAUAGAUAACUUCUUCCCUGGGCUCUUCGAAUACCAUAACAUUCGGGUAUAUGACGAAGAAGCAACAGAUCUUCUGGCUUAUUGGAAUGACACCUACAAAUUCAUCUCCAAGGCAAAGAAAAAUGGUUCUAAGUGCCUGGUGCACUGCAAGAUGGGAGUGAGCCGCUCGGCAUCCACGGUGAUCGCCUACGCCAUGAAGGAGUACGGCUGGAAUCUGGACAGGGCUUACGACUACGUGAAGGAACGGCGCACCGUCACCAAGCCCAACCCCAGCUUUAUGCGGCAGCUGGAGGAAUACCAAGGGAUCCUGCUAGCCAGCAAACAGCGGCAUAAUAAACUGUGGCGCUCACACUCGGACAGUGACCUCUCAGACCAUCACGAGCCCAUCUGCAAGUCUGGGCUGGAGCUGAACAAGAAGGAAAUCACCACCUCGGCCGACCAGAUCUCAGAGGCGAAGGCCAACGACAACCAGCAGCCGAUGUCUCCCAUCUACUCAGCUGAGCUAGACAGGGAGCAGCAGCUCCCAGAGGAUGCAAACAUGAUCGAGGAGCUGUGUGUGAAGGAGAGAAGGAUCCACCUAGAGUUUACGUGUCGAGACUUCCACGCUGAGCAGAUGGAGGACAAGCUGAACCUGAACAAUAUCAAUGGCUGUACGGCAGGAUGUUGCGUAGACUCUGUCCCCCCUGAUAACUGCCAUGCUUCUGAGGCCUUAAUGCAACUCCAGCAUCCCUUGGAAAUAACAGAGUUUCCUGAUUUGACAGUAGACGACCUAGAAAAAGAUGCCCUUAAGCCCGAUAUGAACGUGCACUUGGUUCCCAUGGAAGAAUUCACUUCGUGCUUAAAAGACUUUCCCCAAUCCCCAAACCAAAAUUCCCCGAGUCUCCAACAGAAUCCCCAGCCCGAAGUGACAGACCUCAGUACAGACAGGAUUGAUUUCUUCAGCGCCUUGGAGAAAUUUGUGGAGCUUUCCCAGGAGAGCCGGUCGCGCACCUGCUCCCAUUCCAGGACGGAGGAGCAAGGGAGUGGAAGGAACGGUGUCUCCAGGGUGCCCGUGCUGGAAGUGCCACCUGCUGCGGACGGGGGUGCAGAUGCUCGAAGGAACAGUUCUGGAAACUCUCCUCAGGCAUCGGAUGACUCUUCCACAGAUGAAGAACAACAAAAGGAGGUCCCUGAGCUGCCUAGCGCGGGCCAUCUCACGAGAUCCCACUCGGAAAAUGCCAUUUCUGUGAAGGAAAUUAUCACGGAGAUAGAGUCAAUCAACCAGGCAGCGGGACCUGCCCAGCAGAAAGAGGGUUCAGCCAACCUCACCCAGACACCAAAGAGGAACACGGUGCACGACCUGCCAGUGGAGGCAAUUUGGGCAUCGGAAAGGGUGGAACAGAGCGAAGGAGCCUGUGCUGGACACCAGGAAAAGGAGAAGGAACCUCUGCAGGCUGAGCAAGAAGCUGCCCCUUCCCUGCAGCCACCUUCUGGUAAAUCAGACCUGGAGGAAAGCAGCCCUGGUGGGGAGCAGCAAGAGCCUCGCGGCUCCGUCAACCCUGAACCCAAGUGGUGCCCAGGCUCUGUCCGGCGAGCCACCCUGGAGUUUGAGGAGCGCUUGAGACAAGAGCAGGAGCACCAGCACACGGCUCCGGUCUGCAUCUUACCGACCCGCAAGAACUCCAGGAAUGACUCUCCCGCUGCCGAGCUCCUGCCGCGGGGGAAGAGCGAGGAGCCACCCCCGGAGCUGGCUCCGGAGGGUGACAAGGCACAGGGUCCAGGCGCUGAGGAGCUGCUGCUGCCUCCCGGGGCACAGCUGGCUGCAGGCAGACACGGGCCCACACCCCUGGCUUCCUCGCUGCCGGAGUCCCUGCCUGCAGAGCCCGGCAUGGGGCAGGAGGGAACGGCACAGGAACGCAGGACAGUGGUCUCUUUUGAUGGGUCGGAGGAGCCAUCCCUGCCCUCCCUCCUCCCAAAGAGAAUUGAAAUCAUCGAAUACACUCCCACGGUCAAGUCUGCAGAGCGCCCCGACGCAAGCUGUGAGCAGGGCGGGCUGGCCACUGCCGUCCCGCCUUUAGAUGAAAACUUGAACCCUUCUUUGUGCUUGGAGAAGGCACCGGCCUGUCCCAGAGCUCUGACGCUGGUGAAUCUCUCGCUGCCGGAGCACGCGGUACACAAGCAGGCCACCUUCACUGUGGGCAGCCCCAGCGAGGAGGGUGGUGGGUUAUCUGUUCACCUCGGUGCUGCUUCCCCCUCUGCACAGGUGGCUUCUACACCUUUGGCCAGCCUCGAUCGCUCUCCUCACCCCUACGUAAUUCACCUGGAAGGUGUCACUGAGCAGAGCACAGGGACAGACGAUGAGCCGGUCACGCCGUGUGGCGUUGAGGGAGAUGCGACUCUCCCAUUCAGGGACAGACCCAAGCCUCUCUGCAGGGGGGGUGCCGGCACCUCGAGGCAGCUGAGCGGCGAGGACUUCACCAGCCAACGCGCCGAAAACAUGGACCUUCUGGACAUCUCUUUCCUGUGUUACAGGCUUCCCCACAGCUCCAGCAGCCACAGCGUGGAGGAGCGCAGCAACAGCCCGGGGCUGGUCAAGCAGCGAGCGAAGGAAAUAGAGGCUCGGAUCCGGCACGCGGGGCUCACCACACCCUCCCACAUGAAACGCUCGGCAUCCUUGGCCAAACUGGACUGCCUGGACCUCUCCAAGGAUGACCUAUCUGAGAGGGAGUCGGCCUCUUCCGAUGCCAACCCGGUGCUUCUCACCUGCGUUGCCCUCAGUCAGGGCUUUCGUGGAGGGAGGUUGGAGAGGGGCUCGGAAAGUGCGUGUGGAAAGCAUUGCCUUUCCUCCCCAGAGCCCGCUAGGCAUUUUGUGGAACAGCUCAGAACAGCCGAGUGCAUUGCCCAGAGCAAGCCGGUGGAGAGGCCGCUAGCUCAGUACGCCAAAGAGUGCGGCACCAGCCAGCAGAGUUUGUUUUCCAGCGUGGAUCCAACGUGGACUAGCUCCGAGGAGGGUCCUCCGCUACUCCAGGUGCAGGUCCUGGACUCCUCGUCUGCGGCUCAAGGUCUGGCUGUCGCACCCCGGCAGCAGCACGGGAGAACUCACCCUCUGAGGAGGCUCAAAAAGACCAAUGAUAAAAAGCGGACAACCAAUCCCCUCUACAAUACUAUGUGAUCCUGAGCCCCGGGCUGUGAUUUCUUACCGAGAACCCGUGGUAUUGCGUUCACGCAAGGGGCAGGUGUAAUAUAAGGAACAUGCACUUUAUUGGUUAAUUUUAUAUAUAUUGUCAUUUUACUGUUCCUGGCGCAUGUAGGUGUGGGUUGGUUCUUCUGUGUGUGACUUUGACUGCAGGACUGUUUGGGUUUUUUUUACGUUUUUUAACUCAGAUAACCUCAAAUGUUCUUUUUUGUUGUUGUUGUUAGUUUGUUUUAAAAGAACACCUUUAUCACGCAAAAAUGGAUGUUGGCUUGCUUCGGCAAGGUGGAGGUUUGCUUAGAACCAGAUCCUAGUUCCUAACUUGAACUUUCCCCACACCUUGAAAUGGUGCUGGGCAGUCGUUGGGGUGAGAGUCCCCGUAAAUGUGAAGGCUGUGCCAAGGUCCCUUUGUUUGGCCUUUCUUUUACUUCUGCAAACUGGAACUCCACGAUGCUGGCAGAUCACGCGCAAAGCUGCUUCAGGACAAACCCCCUGGGCUCGGUUCGGCUGGUGCAUCCCCAAAAGGAGCACACAGGGGUAAAUCCUCCCAACGGAUGGGCUCAGAAAACCCCGGCCAUCCUGGCACGGAGAUCAGCGCUCACCUCCUGCUCUGUGGGUCAUGCAGAGCCCCCCGUUUUGUGGUGAGGUGGAGCAGAGCUCCUCCACCAGCUGCCAAGCUCACCUCUCCUCGGCUGCCCCAGUGGGUGAGAGGAGGGGAGCCCCCCAAAACCAGAGUGUUCUUUUAAAACAAACGCUUCGUUAGGGUUUUAACCCUCCCAUUACUUGAAUACUGCUGUGGGCCUUCCAAGUUCAUGGCCAUAUCAUCUGUCCUCUGCCCUCCUGCUGCCUCCCCUCCGCCCGAGAGCUGUGGGUAUCUCGUGCUGCCUCAGUUUCCCUCUCCCCGCUGCCACGCUCGCAGGCGCUUCUGGUCUCUCCCAAACCUGGAGGCUGUUCUCGUUGUUACACGACGUAUUGCCCCUACUGAAUGCAAAGCUUUGUCCUUUCUGCUGUCACUCCUACCACUCGACCUGGAGGGAAGAUCUUUUCUGGAAGUUUUUUUCCUUUUUUGCCUAAAUUGUAUAUAUGGUAUUUAUAGAGAUUUUUUUUUUUUUUUUGGUCAUUUCUAUGUUGGGGGUUAUUUUCGUUGUUUUUGUUUUUUUGUUUUUUUGUUUUUUUUUAAAAAGGGCAAGACUGCAUUCUGUAAACUGGAAAACAAACCCACUUUACUCAAACUCAAUGCUGUUCAUUGUCAUCUGCACAGAAAUGGGAGUGGAUUUGACAUGGUAAGCUGUCUUCCCUUUCCAAAAGUGAGCCUCGAUGCCAGCCUUUGCCAAACGUGUCCCUUUUCCUCCAGUCCUGCGUGAACUCCCGUUACCCCACUGCGGGAGGACGACUGCAUAUCUACCCGUCUCCCUCCGGCUUGAAGCUGGGCUUCAGAAGUGCCAGUCAGACGUGGAAAGCCAUUGGCCGCUCUGAGCCAUUCUGCAGGUUCUUGCUUCCCAGGAGAACCUGCUUUUGAAGGAUCUGCUCCAAAUUUCAGCAAAUUAUUGUACGGUUGCCGAGCAGUUUGGCUAAAUCAAAGCUCCUCAUUUCCAGCCCUGCGUAUCUGCAAAUUGUAUGUGUGCUGUAGGAGCAGAGAGAAAGGCUUUUGGCGGUGGCAGGAGAGCUCUGGGUCCUGUCUGCAGUCCCGUGGCAGGUCUGUGGCAGAAGAGCGUGUCUGAGCUGGUGCUUGGCUCUGGCCCAGACCUGCCCUCUGGGGAGGAGCGAAGCAGAGAGAAGAUGCAGAAUGGCUCCAGCUGCUGAAAGCCCAGCAUGGAGAGGAUGCGGUGUGGGAGGAGCGGCAAAGGCCGUGCCUAGAAAGCAGCCCUGAGGCUGCAGAGCCUUGCGCGUUCUCAUGGUCCAAGCUUGUCUUGAGCUGGAGAGGAGCACCAGAGCGCUGUGGAGUAUUGGGAAGCAGCGUGUGUCUGCCCUGGGGACAGGGUGUCCGUAAGCCCCCAGCUUGCCCACAGCCAUCAGCAGAGGAUAGCUAGCCUAGCGUUUUGCAAGGUAAUUCCACUUCAUUGCCCUCCUGUAGGAUCCUCCUGCACUGUCUUACAGACCCUUCGUGUCCCCAGCCCGGGCACGGGGCCGUGAGCAUGUCUGUCCUCCUCCAGCAGGAACGUGCACUUCAUCCCUCCCCUUCUGAGGAGCUUGAGCUCUGCUGGGUGGGCUGUCACCUGUGCUAGCCACAGGCUGGAGCGCAGCCCACAGUAGCCCAACAGAGUCCUGUCUUGGGACAAAUAGCAUGUCAUCCCAGGCCACUUCAGUCGCUAGAAGUCACCCAAGUGCCUGACCCGGGAGGCCAGAUACUUCUUUGGGACGCUGAAAGACAUUUGGCUUCUCCUAGCCAGCUCCAGCUGGCUUGGGAGCUGGGCUGACAGUGUGGAAAGGCCAAGUGGCUCGUGUCAUCUUGUGAAGGACAAUUUUAGUCCUUGCCUCCCCCGGAAACCUCACCAGACCCUGCUGCCCACCAUUCCUGACCCAAGGACAUGUCUACCUGGGGACAGGCUGCCAUGAAGCCUGCCCUGCGUUGGAGGGAGCAUGCUUGGCCGGCAGCAUGUCCUGGUGACAAGGAUCUGCUUGGGAGGGGAAAGCCCUGUGUGUAAUUUGUUCCCUUGAGAAGGGAGGAGGAGGAGGAUCGGGUUUCUUUGCCCACCUUGAUCUCAGGAGAAAUGCUCUGUAGGAAGGUUCUGCCACGCAGACUAGAAACGCUGCUUCUUUCCAAUACUCUGCUGCUGUUGGGGUGCUUCAGCUGGGGAGGGCAGCGAAGGGGCAAAGGCCCUCGCAGGGAGGUGCUUUGCUGUCCCCUUGUCCUCGGCUCUGGCCUGGCACAGCUGUGGUUUUUUCUCUGGGAAGCCUGUGGACAGGUGGAGGGAGUCAGGGAAGGUGGUUCUCUUGCAGAGUUAUGAAGGCCUUGGAGGUCUGGAGGCUCUGACCUGGGCGGCAGGAAGGGGAACGGGCUGGAGGGGCAUGUCAGAGGCAGCUCUCUGGGAGCCCUGAGUCCUCCUUGGCCAGUGUCUGGGCAAUGAAGGCACCAAGCCCCUGGCAUCAGAGCGCUCUGCCUGGGGACGGUUGUCCCUUCUCUGUGUUGGUGGCUCACGAGUGGGUGGUGGCUCGCUCCUGGUUCUGGUGGUUGCCCCAUGAGAGCUUCAUGUGACCUGCUGAGCACCUCCAGGGUGCUCAGCAGCUGACAAGCCUCGCUGACAGAGGGGUUUUAGGAGAAACGUGUUGUUUUAAGGGCAUUUUUGUACAAAGCAACUGUUCUUUUGGUCUCUUGCAAAGCCCUCUUGGAGGACGCUUUAUUGUUUACAUUGACUCCUGUACAAUAUCUCAGCCAUCGCCUCCCCCCUCGCCCGCCCCGUCUCCGGCUGUACUGUAACGUGUGAGCCUUGCACAAACGGAUAGCGUGUGCGUGAAACUGGUUUUUACACUGCGUUCUGUUGCACUCGAUGGUAUGUGUGUGCGUGUGUGCGUGUGUCCGGUCUGCUUGAGAAGUUGUGACAUGUACAAAUCUCUCCCCUUUCGGCCCUUUCCUGGGGGGCACGGUCCCAGCGGGUGGCAGGAGGGUCAGGAGGUGACGCCGCUUCAGGCUCACUCGGAUGUUAGACGGGGCAGGGAUUAGCUCCGUGUCCCUCUGCCAGCAAAGGCCUGGUGGAACGUAUCCCACCCCAGCUCCGGCUGCUGCCGGGGGCCUCCUGGGAGGAGUGAGCUGUUGGGAAUGGGAACGGGCACUGGGGCGCUGCGUCUGCCUGGGGGCUCCGAGAGCCCCACAGCUCUCCCAGCCCGGCAGCAGGAGGAAGCCAUACCUGCCACAGGUCCCCUGCUCCCGUCGCAGCGUGUCCUGCCUUAAUCCAGUCCGAGCUCCACGCAACCCCCCACGCUUCUCCCUUCUCCCAAGGGCCCUUGCUGGCGUGGGGCAGAGGCAGGUGCUGGAGGGGUCCGGGCUGGGCAGAGGGCUCUGGGUCGCCCUCCGGCAGCGCUAACAGCCCGCCCGCCCUGCAGACAUCUCUUGGCACAGAAGAAGGUGCCAGUGCCUUUUAUUUUUCUUUUAUGGAGAUGUGACGUCCAUGCGCUGGUUUGUAGGGAUCAUCGCCCUGGGGCCGGGCAGCCCAAGCAUGAGCCCUCGGGGACGGCUGGCGGCGGAGUGGCAAACCGGGCAGGGGAGCGCUUCUGUCUGCCCCUCCUGGAUCUUCCUUGGUGGCUGGGAUCGUCCCCUUUCCCCCUAAAGACUUUAUGACCGAUGUGCUCAGCUGUUUUUAAAUGUGAACUUGUGCACUGAUGUGCAGAUUCAAUGUUCUUGUUACCGAAUGAGUAAAGUUUUAUUUUGAAGAUGA